UUUUUUCUCAGCAGAAACGCCAGUGUUUUACAAAGCGAGCUCCUGACACCAAUACCAUCAAAAUCACCAGGAUGGAGGUAAAAAUGUCCAUUCUGUCUCAUCGCAUCCUUAAAAAAUUUGAGUUUUGGAUGACGUUGGUAAGCUUGCUUUAAGAGUAUGCAGUACCUCGCUCGCGUGCAGCCAUCCUGCGGCCAGCUGGGAUCUGAGCGCGCCGGUUCCGCCCAAGCCUCCCCAGCGGGAGGUCUCGCCACGCCCGGCCCCUCCCACCCCCGUCUCCAGCCCCAUAUUGGCAGGAAGGCGCUAGCUCCUAAGCCGCGAAAAGAUGUCUGGGUCCUGCGCAGCAGCUGAGGAGACGGCGGGCUCCAGACAGCGACUCCAGAAGAAGGUGAAUGAAUAUAAAGAAAACCAAAACAUCUCUUCUGCAUCUCUGAGACCAGCACAGAAUACAAUUUUAGAAAAAACAGUUAAGGUGUGUCUUGUCCCCUUUUCACUCCGUAAUUACAAACCAGGCCAAUUUAAGCUCCCCAAAUCCCUAUUAGAGAAGAAUUCUAACAAUGAAUUGCCAUGUAAGAAAUACAAGAAGGCUGAAAUAAAGAAAACUUGUACAAGGAUUUCAACUUCAAAGAUGGACGCCACUACAUCUUCCAAGGCAGAAUCCACUCUGCAAAAAUCAUCCGUAGAUGUUCACACAGGAAAUAACCAGCGACAACACAAGAGCACUUCUGAUACAGCGAUUCUCGGUGUUGAUAUGGAAAGCAUUCAGGAUGGAGACAGUGAUGAAGAUACAUCAGGCCCGGAUGGCUUUUCAGGAUUGUCACCAUACGAAAGGAGGAGACUGAAGAACAUAUCAGAAAAUGCAAACUUUUUUGCUUCUCUUCAGCUGUCUGAGUCAGCUGCAAGGCUCCGUGAAAUGAUAGAGAAGAGACAGCCUCCAGAAUCCAAAAGAAAGAAGCCUAAGAAGAAAGAAAACGAGACUGGAUGUAGACAGUCAAUGCGAUUACGAAAUGUAGAUCCUCCAGAAGUUUCAUUACCAGCAACCCCAACCAAGCUAACAUUAGUAGCAGAGGAAAAACCUUUGUUACCUCCUGGGCCUUUAGAAAUGACUCCCGAAAAUCGAGAUGACAACAGUGAACUAUUCAAAGAAUUUUUACAGACUUGGGCUGAAGUGAGCAAGACAAGUAAUAAGAAUGUUGAGAAGGAGUUAUCUAGCAUUAAAAUCUACAAAGACAAUUUAAGUGGCAUGGCCAUUAGUGAAGAUACGGUUCAUAAACUUACCAAAGGUGCAAUUUACUCUGUGGCUUUCCACCCAUCAGAAAUUAAAACUUUGGUGGCAGCUGGGGCAAAAUCUGGGCAAGUUGGACUUUGGGAUUUGACUCACCAACCUAAAGAAGAUGGAGUUUAUGUUUUUCAGCCCCAUAGAGGGGCAGUUGGCUGUCUUUACUUCUCGCCUGCCAAUCCUGCUCACAUACUGUCACUGAGCUAUGAUGGCACAUUACGCUGUGGAGAUUUUUCCAGGGCUGUUUUUGAGGAGGUAUAUAGAAAUGAAGAAAGUAGCCUUUCCUCCUUUGACUUCUUGGCAGAGGAUGCCUCAACUUUAAUAGUAGGACACUGGGAUGGAAGUAUGUCACUGGUGGAUAGACGGACACCUGGAACUUCUCCUGAAAAACUUAUCAACUCUUCUAUGAGAAAAAUAAGAACUGUCCAUGUCCACCCAGUGCAAAGACAAUAUUUUAUCACUACAGGAUUGAGGGACAUUCAUAUUUAUGAUGCAAGGCGCCUGAAUCCCAGGGGAAACCAGCCUUUGAUUUCUGUGACUGCACACACAAAGAGCAUCGCUUCUGCUUAUUUUUCACCUCUUACUGGUAACAGAAUAGUGACCACAUGUGCCGAUUGUAAGCUGAGAAUCUAUGACAGCAGCUGUAUAUCCUCUGAGAUUCCUCUCCUCACUACCAUCAGGUACAACACCAUCACUGGGCGAUGGCUGACCAGGUUCCGAGCUGUGUGGGACCCUAAACAAGAAGACUGUAUCAUAAUUGGCAGCAUGGCCCAUCCACGACAGGUGGAAAUCUUCCACGAGACAGGAAAGCGGGUGCAUUCUUUUUUUAAUGGAGAAUACCUUGUCUCUGUGUGUUCCAUCAAUGCUAUGCACCCAACUCGGUAUAUUUUGGCUGGUGGUAAUUCCAGUGGGAAGAUACAUGUUUUUAUGAAUUAAGAGAGUUGCUGGAUUUUUGGUUUAGCAACAUCAAUUUGUUAAAUUAAUUAGUGUCUCUGUCACAAAUAUAAAUUGGUUUAUUAAUAAGAACUAUGAGCAGAAUGUACUUUCAGUAAAGAAGGCUUGGAGGCUGUUUCUAAAGGAUGGGGAGGGAAUCUGCGGGGAGACUGAUAUGCCUUCAGCACUUUAAUCAGAUAACAUGUUGAGAAAUUCUAACAUUAUACAUUUUUUUUUUUAAAGAUUUUAUUGGGGAAUUGGGGGAGAGGAACAG